AUGAACCACUACACCAAGAAAGCCAUUACUUUAAAAAGAAAACUACCAAUGGCUCCCAAAUUCACCCAUCUUCUAUCCACAUUCCUCAUGCUACUCUUUUCAAUGCAUCUCCUUUUAGCUCAGUCUAGAACUCUCAAACCUGAAGGUCAUCAUGUGGGAAACACUCUCAAAUUCCUUCAAAGCCUAAAGCAAGUCCAAAAGGGCCAAAAUGUUAUUGGCCUUAGUGAGGUGAAGAAACAACUCAAUAAAUUUGGAUACUACCCAAGUGGUGAUGCCAAUAAUCUAACUGAUGAUUUUGAUGAGAGUUUGGAGUCUGCGCUUAAGACUUACCAAAACUUCUAUCAGCUUGAAGUUACUGGGAAUCUUGAUUCUGCUACCAUCAAGAAGAUGAUGAUCCCACGAUGUGGAGUCCCUGACAUAAUCAAUCACACAUCCUCAUCAAAACCAACCAGCAGUAGCCACAAGUCGAAAAUGUUCCAUAUGGUUUCCCACUAUGAUUUUCCCAGGGGGAUGCCCAGAUGGCCAUCUUCUAAGUAUGAACUCACCUACACAUUUCGCUCUGGAGUUCAAAACCCAAAUGAGCAAGACAUGAGGUCUGCUUGUUCUCAAGCUUUUCAGAGAUGGGAGAGUGUUUCCCAAUUCAAAUUCCAAGAAGCACCUGCAGGUUCUCAAGCAGAUAUUGUAAUCGGGUUUUACAGAGGUGAUCAUGGAGAUGAAGAUCCUUUUGAUGGGCCUGGAAAUAUUUUGGCUCAUUCAUUUUCUCCCCAAGAUGGAAGAUUCCAUUAUGAUGCAGAUGAGGAUUGGAGUAGUAAUCCCAACAUGAACCAGAUGGACUUGGAAUCAGUAGCUGUUCAUGAGAUUGGUCAUCUCCUCGGGCUUGCACACAGUCAGGAUUCAAAUGCCAUUAUGUAUGCAACUAUUCCACCAGGGACUAUCAAAAGGGAGCUUACCCAAGAUGAUAUUGAUGGAAUACAUGCUCUCUACGAUAAUUAAUCAACCAGAAAAUUUUCAUGUGUUCUCGUUGAUUUACCAAAAUAAAAGAGGAUCUCAAUCAAUCUGUAAUUGAGAUUAUCGUUAUUAUCAUUAUAAUAUCUCCUAUUCCAUGCUUUAUAAAGUUGCCUUUCUUUUUCUAAA